UCCCUGUAGCGGCUUCCUGGAGAGUCGCGCGGUGCUUUCCCCUCGGCUGCGGUAGGUGGUGGCGGCGUCAGCCCUGGGUGGAGUCCCGUAGGGGCAUCUGAGAAGUCACUGGAGCUGACCAGGAAACCUGGACACUUGCUGAGUGGCCGGGGUCUUCGGCUGCCCCUCUGCCCAGCAAGGACUUUUCUAGACCUUAUCAGGCAAUCGCGGCACCUGUCGCAGCCCCCAAGUCGCCUCUUCCAGAAGUAACCCUAACCUUGCUUCCUUCUGAGGCUAUUUACUGAGGACUCACUGGAUGUCAAGCACUGUGCAUAGUUUUCUUUGACUGCAAGGUCAGCUCUAUGGCUCUUCCACGUGAUUCAAAUGAAACUUCCUAUUUGCUACCUCCAAGCAAGGAGGACUGGGAAAGGCAAGCCAUUCCUGAUUUUGUUUAUGGGCAGAAGGAUCUCACGGCAGAAGGGGUUCAGUGGCCAAAGAAUGCACCUGGCACCCUGCAUACUCUGCCUCAGUCUCCCUUCGAUGCUGCACUCUGCUCCGCCUGGAGGCAGCGGGUGGAGCUGGGGCUGUUUCGCUACCGCCUGCGGGAUCUACAGACCCAAAUCCUCCCUGGUGCUGUGGGUUUUGUGGCUCAGCUGAAUGUGGAGCGUGGUGCGCAGAGGAGGCGCCCGCAGACCAUCAUGAGUGUGAGGCAGGCAUUUGACCCUGAGCAAUUCAACUUCAAUAAGAUCCAGCCUGGAGAAGUCCUCUUUUGUUUGCGCCGGGAGCCUGAUCUCCCAGGGAUGCUCCAACAAGAAGACAUCCUCGUGGUGAUCAAUGUCAGCCCCCUGGAGUGGGGCCACGUGCUGCUGGUGCCUGAGCCUGCCCGGGGCCUCCCCCAGCGCCUGCUGCCGGGUGCACUGAAGAUGGGGGUUGAGGCUGUGCUGCUGAGCUUACACCCGGGCUUCCGUGUCGGCUUCAACAGCCUGGGAGGCUUGGCUUCGGUGAACCACCUCCACCUGCAUGGCUAUUAUCUGGCCCACAGACUGCCCGUGGAGCAUGCACCAAGUGCGCCCCUGGACCCUGGAGGCCAUUUGCAUCUGCUCCAGGGCCUCCCCGCUCCCGGCUUCCUCUUUUACUGUCGGGGGCCAGGGCCUGACUUGGAGGCCUUGAUAAGCAGGGUAUGUCGGGCCACUGAUUAUCUCACUAACCAUGAGAUUGCACAUAACUUGUUUGUGACUCGGGGAGCUCCGCCAGGAAAGACCUCACCUUCCUCAGCUCUCACAGGGGUCCGAGUCAUUCUGUGGGCCCGGAAGUCCAGCUUUGGGAUAAAGGAAGAAUCUGAGAGGAUGGAGCCGAGUACCUGGAGGACCACCGAAUCAGAGGAACACUAUGUUGAGGAAAAGGAAUGCGAGAAGUGUGUGAAAGAGGAAGCUACCAUCCCCUCUAACUCUUCACAGCAAGCUCUCUUAAAAGCUGACUAUAAGGCCUUCAAAAAUGGGGUUCCCUCACCCAUUAUAGCCACAGAAAUUCCAAAGAAAGUCAUAGCCCCAGUUGACACAGGCAACUUAGAAGCUGGGAGGAGGAAGAGAAGGCGGAAACGCAGGUAA